GAUAUUCCAGGUACUGGGCAUAAAUACCACCUUACGUUUGAAGUGAAAGAAAGUAUUCAGAAUGGCAGCUCCCUGAAUUGCACAGCUGAGAUACUUUAUCAUCAUGGUGAGACACCUGUUGCUCCUGAAGUACAUUAUGCUAUGGAAGGGGAGUUUGAGACACAUUCAAAGGAAGCAGACAGCAUAUUCUACAACAGAAUUCAGCACCUGUCCGAGCCAUUAGAGACCAAAAAUAUACCAGAUAAUGAUGGAAACAUGACAGAAGAAAUGAAGCCUAUUUUCAACUUAGCCAAGGUUGCCUCUGGAUAUAUAGUAUGGCAGAAUUCGACAGAAAACACUUGGUACAAUAUGAUUCAAAUUCAAAAUGUCAAACAAAUGAAAAGAAAUGAUGACUAUCUUGAAUUUUCCUAUGAGGUUUUAUUUCAUGAUAUUGCCUCCCAGGAAAUUAUUCCUUGGCACAUGCAAGUUGUAUGGCAUCCACAGCAUGGAGUGAAAGUAGCAGAGAAUAGUCGCCAGUCAAAGUGAUUUUAAUUCUUGCAGGUUAUUGAACUAAUGAGGUGAAAGCAGCUACAAAUAGCCAAUAAAAUUACUACUUGGAGGUUUCUGACACCCUUCCAAUUCUGCUUAUCCUCCAAGAACCUAAGUAAAUAUCCUCGGACCCUGGUCUGGCAGCACUUACUUAUUAGACUGAAUACUUACGGUAUAGUGGCCUCAAUGCUCUCUCUGAAUGCUACUUUAGGCUUUCCAGUCACACAAGGACAACCGUAUUCUCUU